AUGGCAAACGGUGACUCUCCUGAACAGAACGAAAACCACUGUUCGGCCAUCAACAGCAGCAUCCCGCUAACGCUGGGCAGCCUCCCCACCCUGACGCUAUCUGGGAAGAUCCGAGUGACAGUUACUUUCUUCCUUUUUCUGCUCUCCACAAUUUUCAACACUUCUUUCUUGUUGAAACUUCAGAACUGGACUCAAAGGAAAGAGAACAGGAAAAAACUCUCCAGAAUGAAGGUGCUUUUAAAACAUUUGACUUUAGCCAACCUGCUGGAGACUCUGAUUGUCAUGCCACUGGAUGGAAUGUGGAACAUUACUGUUCAAUGGUAUGCUGGAGAGCUCCUUUGCAAAGUCCUCAGCUAUCUGAAGCUUUUCUCCAUGUACGCCCCCGCCUUCAUGAUGGUGGUGAUCAGUCUGGACCGCUCCCUGGCCAUCACCAGGCCUCUAGCAGUGAAAAGCAACAGCAAGCUUGGACAGUUCAUGAUUGGCUUGGCCUGGCUCCUCAGUAGCAUCUUUGCUGGACCACAGUUAUACAUUUUUGGGAUGAUCCAUUUAACAGAUGACUCUGGACAGACUGAAGGUUUCUCUCAAUGUGUAACACACUGCAGUUUUCCACAGUGGUGGCAUCAAGCCUUUUAUAACUUUUUCACCUUCAGCUGCCUCUUCAUCAUCCCUCUUCUCAUCAUGGUGAUCUGCAAUGCAAAAAUCAUCUUCACCCUGACAAGUGUCCUUCAUCAGGAUCCCCACAAACUACAACUGAAUCAGUCCAAGAACAAUAUACCACGAGCUCGGCAGAGGACCCUAAAGAUGACGGUUGCAUUUGCCACUUCGUUUACUGUCUGCUGGACGCCCUAUUAUGUACUUGGAAUUUGGUAUUGGUUUGAUCCUGACAUGGUAAACAGGGUGUCAGAUCCAGUAAAUCACUUCUUCUUUCUCUUUGCUUUUUUAAAUCCAUGCUUUGAUCCACUUAUAUAUGGAUAUUUCUCUCUAUAA